AUGGAGCGCAAACUGGAUUCCGUCCUAGUGAGCACUGCGAACACAGAGUAUGGUAACCUUCGGUUCGACUCAGCGCAUGUUUGGAACAAACACUCGACAGAAGUGUCGUGGAUGUCGCGGGAGUGGGCGGCCGGUAGAAUCAAGUCGCCUCUUAUGGCGUCUCGUAGUACCUGCGACAGACGUGCUUUUUGGCAACAACUCAAAAAAUCCAGGAUUCCGGCGACAUUAGGCCACGCUGAAGAUGACGUGCGGCUUAGGAUCAGAGCCUGUGAUGAUGAGAUAGCAUUCGCUCGUGCUUAUAUCCAAGAACUCAGCGCGCAGCGUAACACUCUCAUCUCUUCCACCCAAUUUCCCUCCGAAGUACUUGCGUCAAUCUUUCAGUUUCUUCUUCCCGUGCUCAAACCACAGCGCCACGAGCCCUGGCCCAUGUGGGACUUCGAGAUCGCUGCUGGUACGCGAUCUCUCAUCGCGGCUUCUCAUGUUUGCCAGCGUUGGCGCGAAGUAUCUCUCGAGUUCUCCACUCUAUGGACCGUAUUGUGGACUCAAAAUAAGCCUUGGUUAUCCGAGAUGAUCGACCGGGCGAAGGAUGCCCCACUGGUCGUCGUUCAGCCACAAGGCGCCGGAUACUUGUAUAGCACCCCUCCUCCCCAACAGUCGACGCAUCAUGUCUCCCGAGGCCUUUCAGGACAGAACAUAGCUUCGCUUGUACCGCAACUUUUUCACACAAAACAACCCAAGCAUUUGCAGUUACAUCUCGCCAUGCACGGGGAAGCGUUAACGCGCUUCUGGGCCGACGUAUUAUCACGGCCGGCUCCAUCUCUGGAGGUUUUGGGAGUUCUGAUGAUGGUACCGCUCCCAGGAGAUAUUCCGUUUAGCAUCCCCGCCGACUCGCUUGGACGAAGUGCCCCUGCUAUGAGGUCUCUUACGUUGAAUGGUUAUUUCUCCCAUGAGGCAUUGUGGCCAUCACCAGUCCUCCGGGGACUCGUCAACCUCACGUUGAUUUUGACCCCUAACGCCUCACCCACGAGCGUUUCUCUGCAGGAUACCCUGGUCGCGCUGCGCGACAUGCAGCAACUGGAAACCUUGACUAUUGGCUUCCCCUCGACAUUUCAUUCAAUGCAGCCGCAGCAGCAACCCUAUUUCUUAUUGACCGGUACACAAGAUGGCGUUGAAGUUUCUCUCGAGCGAUUGUUGUUCUUACAUCUCAAAGGGAACGUGUCGGACACGACGACACUGACAAGGCACAUAUCAAUUUUCUCACGUGCAGACGUGCAGUACGAUGUCUCGCUCUCCGAACAUGAUGUGCGCCCUCAAUUGGCAGAAGAUAUAUCCGCGCUCUUUCAUCCAGCUCCUCCGAUACACUUGUCUAUCGAAACUUACGAGAUCUCUAUCUCCUAUAAUCCUGAUCCCCUCCUUUGUAUUCGAUGCUGGGACGAGAUACUGCCCCUUGAACGCUCUCCUGCACAAUAUUCCAUGAGCCCCAAGCUGGCGAUCAGGUUCGAUGUUCAGUUCGACCAUCAUGUUGCGCUGCCGGGACAAGCCCACAUCGCCAACAUUAUGGAACGAGGUAGAACCAAAGUCAUCGACUUGUUGAAUAUACUAUCACCGACACUUCCUCGAGAUCAGCCGCAUGACUUACGAUGGGGAUUAGUGGACGAUCGGCAUGCAUAUACUUCGAGAUCACUCAUCCUGGGCGAUCCAGCCCGCACCGACGCCCUCAGUAACUUCCCCGAGACGAGAAGAAUUAUAUUCGACGACAUCCACACUGCCCUUGAUAUAUUGCCCUCGAUUACUUCCAAUGCGACUAUCCUACGCCACUUAACUGGAGUCUGCUUCGUCCGGCGCCCCCUUCCAGAUGGCUACCAGCUGUGGCCAGAAUAUUUACCAGAAGAUGAGUCUGUGGACGUUGAGAUGCUCCAGAGUCUUGCUCCGGACCUUCGUCGUCUGGGUGAAACACGGGGUAUUCAUACGCUCGAAUUCGCUGGGGGGUUUAUCAGGGAUAGAGAUGCACAUCUUUUUGAAGGAAUCGCUAAGGAGCUGAUGUGGUCUUGAGGGGUAUGGGAAACUGCACCACGUGAGGUCUCUUGUUCGGCAGGUGACCAGUGCGCUUUGCAGAGCUACUGCAGUCUUGUAGGACAUGUAUCUCGGCGCGGGUGCCAGUAGUUUUUUCUUAUGCACUCGCGUACUUGUCGUAUUGUCCUAGUCUGUCAUCUUACCUUCCGAAGUCCUUGCUACACGAUUCCCUGAAAAGUCCCUGUUGACAUUGCAACGGUGUUCAAUACCUGAUUUCUGUGUUCAUACGUGGCACCGUCUGACAUCCUACACGCGAACAACGAAACGGUAAUACCUAGUACUUUAUUUGCUCUCGUUUUACAUUCAUACCGCCGCACUAUUCGUAGAGUACGCCUCGGACUGAAGCUUUCUCUACGUU